CAUUAAAUUAAACAAAAUGUCACUUUAUUAGUCAUUUUCUCUCGGUAGAUAAUUUAUUGUGUUUUUCGUAAUCUGUGUACGCAAACUAUAUUUUCUGUAAUCAUUGACUAUAUCACGAUUUUCAAUCCACUCCCGGAAUCACAUCAGACAGAACAGACGAUUUCCAACAAACGAUAAAGAUGGGUUUUCUAUCAUCUAGCUCACCUUUCGAUGGUGAUGUUGAAAAGGCCACCAGUGAAAAGAACACAACCGAGCAGUGGGAUGUUAUAAUGAACAUUUGUGAUAACAUUGGAAACAGUGGCAAAAAUGCUAAGGAAUGCAUACGCUCUAUUAUGAAAAGGCUGAACAAUCCAGAUCCUCACGUUGUUAUUCAAGCAAUUACUUUACUUGACGCAUGCAUCAACAAUUGUGGCAAAGGUUUUCAUCUGGAAAUAGCAUCGAGAGAUUUUGAAACCGAUUUUCGAAAAUUAUUGAAAAAUAGUCAAGGCACUAUAGCUACGAAAUUAAAACUUUCCCUAAAAAAAUGGGCAGAAAGUGAAUUCAAAUCAGAUCCGCAGCUAAAUUUAAUCCCCUCAUUGUACCAGAAAUUGAAAGAGGAAGGACAAGACUUUACCGAUAACACGACGACUCAAGUCAAAGUGCCAGUUGCACUAAGCAAAGAUCCAAAUGUUGUAUCUAGUCAACAAGAACAAGACGAUAUUGCUAAGGCAAUCGAAUUGUCGCUGAAGGAAUCCAAAAGCGGUUCACCGAAAACAUUUAGCAGUUCUUAUUCCGCUUUAUAUCCUGCGAUAGGAUUAAAUGGAAGUGGCGGUACUGCAUCGGGCGGUUCUGGGUCAAAUCGAACAGUUGAACCACGAAAAGUUAGAGCGCUGUAUGAUUUCGAAGCUGCUGAAGACAACGAACUGACCUUUUUAGCCGGCGAAAUUAUUCAUGUCGUUGACGACAGUGAUCGCAAUUGGUGGAAAGGUUACAACAAGCGAGGUGAAGGAUUGUUUCCGGCCAAUUUCGUUUCGGCUGAUUUAAGUGUUGAGCCCGAGUCGGUUAGCGUUGAAAAAACGAAAAAAUCAGUCCAGUUCAGCGAUGAAAUUAAAAAAGAGACGAAAGACGAAGUGGUUGAAGUUAACGAGUCGAAGAUAGAUCGAUUGUUACACUUACUCCAUGAAGCCAAUCCGGAAGAUCCGUCUCAGGACAGUGAUGAAAUGCUUCAACUUGAAUCUCAGGUGAACCAAAUGUUGCCACUCAUCGAUACGGAACUGGAAAGAGUAGAUCGCAAACAUGCUCAAUUGACGCAGUUGAGCAGUGACUUAGUAGAAGCAAUGAACUUGUAUCAUACUCUUAUGCGAGAACCCGAUCGAUCAGUAAAUCCUUACAUGAAUUUUCCGAAUCCGCAUUCGAUGUACGGUAAUCCUCCUAUGAGUGGAAUGUUUAUGCAGAAUAUGUUUCAACUACCACCGAAUCAUCCUGGUGCGAUGCCAUCAUUAGGUCCACAAAUGCAUAUGAUUCAAGGAUUCCCAAUUGCUGGUCAGUUGCCUGCACAUCAAUCCAUUCCGCCACAUCUUCAAAAUGGACACCAAAUGCAUAUGCCACCAAAUUCUCAGGAACAACAAAUUCCGGGAAACUCACAUCUCAAUCAACAGAUGCCACAACAGCAUCAAAAUAUGCAGCCAAUAAAUCAACAACAUUUAAGCCAAGAACAACAAUUUCAACUGCACCAACGUCAGACAAUGAGCCCACAUCAUCAUCAGCAACAGCAGCAGCAUCAACAACAACAGCCCCAAAUGAAUAUGCCCAAUCAUCAGCAACUAAUGAAUUUACCCCAUCCUCAGCAACAAAUGCAAAAUCAACCACAACAUCCACAACAAAUUCAAAACCAUCCGCCACAACAAAAUCCACCAAAUCAAGCAACAAUUCCAAAUUCUCAGCCACAACUUCAACAUUCAGCGACUGGAAAUUUUCCCCCACAAAAUUUCCCCGUCAACAUGCCAGCGCAAAUGAAUAUGCAACCGCAGAAUAACGCAUUCAAUGGAAUGCCGAAUCAUCAAAUGAUGCCGCCGCAAUCGAUACAGCAAUCCCAAAUGCAUCCGUCACCUAUUCAUAACAAUAUGUUGCCGAUAAAUAUGGCCAUCAAUCAACCGGUUUUGUCGACAAUAUUGCCAUCUAAUGAUUCGAGGACAAACAUUCCGGUGUAUCAACAACAACGAAAGGACGACGGACAAAGUAAUGAUGAGAAGGAUUAAAGAUUGUGUUCUACGUGGUUUUGUAAAUAAAUUUCAGCAGAGAAUAUUUUAUAUUUUGUGUCGAACAAACAUUUUGUGAAAAUAAUAUUGUUGCUAUAUUCAAUGUGCGCGGUAAAAUAAUUAUUUCUUUCGAAUUGUAAUGCAAAAAUUAAACUAAACACAAACCAAUAGCUCAGAGCCUUAUUCAAAUUUCAUUUUAUCCGAUAUUUUGCUGUAAAUUUAAUUGAUGAAAAUAAUAAUAAAUGAAAAUAAAUCUAUAAAUCAAAUUCUAUUAAAAAUGUACCAUAAACUUUGAUUAUUUGAAUACUAUACCAUAAUGGUUGAUUAUUAUUAUAAUAAAUAAAUUAUUGAAUUACGC